UUACAGCUGAGACAGGAGGACCUCUUCCCGGGGUAUAUAAUCACAGAGCGACAUUUAAAACGCAUUUUGCAGUCGAGAGGUCUGUUUCGCCGAAAGGACUACUCAAGAAUUGAAGAAGCCGUCGAAUUUAUUCAGCAUCAACUCCAAACGUCAGGCCAGCUCCAUGGACACAGUUGGAUGUAUACAAAAUGUAAAGAAAACAACUUGCAUGUUCGAAAAGAAGAUAUACGUUUAAUUUUGAGUUUAUUAGAUCCUAGUGGUGUAGAACACAGAAAAGCUCGGUGCCACUAUUUCUCAAAAGGACAAAAUUACAUCUGGCACUUUGAUUCUUAUGACAAACUGAAGCCAUAUGGUAUUUGCAUAAACGGCUGUAUUGACGGCUUUUCAAGAAAGAUAAUUUGGCUGAAUGCAUACAAAACAAGCAGUGACCCGAAGGUCAUCGGAGGAUACUACAUAGAAACAGUGGAUGACUUAAGUGGCUAUUCUAGAAUUGUUAGAGGUGAUUGUGGAACAGAGAAUGUACACGUGAGGGACUUCCAGCGUUUCCUCCGACGCAACAACAUUCAGCAGGAUUUCAACACUGACAGCUACCUGGAAGUUGCAAGCACAGCUAAUCAACGAAUAGAAAGUUGGUGGGGAUUCCUGAGAAAAGAGUGCAUGGAAUUUUUCAUCUCUUUGUUUGUUGACGUUAAGGACAGAGGAUUGUUUGACGGGGGAUUUUUGGAUAAAAAUCUCAUCCGUUUCUGUUUUAUGGGAAUCAUUCAGGAUGAAUUGGACAAGACUGCACAUGUGUGGGAUGCGCAUGUAAUUAGACCUUCCAAGAUCGAUCGAGUGCCAAGCGGUAGACCAAAUAUCAUGUACUUGUUCCCAGAGCUGUACAGAGCAGAAAACUACCUGUUGCUGGUGGAGAGUGGUGACCUACAGCUGUGCAAGACAGAAUGCACAUUUCAAUCAUCAAUACCAUGUGACAGUGAUGUCUAUGACAUUUGUAAUACUGUCAUGGCUGAGACACACUUUGAUCUUCCAAAUGACUCUUAUCAAGCAAUAGACUUGUACUUGCAUUUAAGGAAUGAGAUAUUAACCUCAUUAUAACCUGUGCUUAGCAUGUUUCUUUUAUCUGAGAUCCAGAUAUAAAAUGUAUAUAUUCAUAAUUCUGUAAUAUUAUUGUCAAAGUGUUCACAUUUGUUACAAUUAUUUCAAAGUUUAAAUGAAUAGUUAACCCAAAAAUCAAAAUGCUGUCAUUUACCACACGUUGUUCCUAAAUCACAUGAAUUUCUUUGUGUAGGGCACAAAAGAAUAUG